AAAAAGGUCAAAGGAACUUAUUAACAGAUGCAGGAAAUCUCUCGUGGCUGAAUAAGAGCCCUUGUCCCUGUACAUCUGUGCAUAAAAUAACAUCUUGCUCUUUUCUUGAAGAAACUCCUGUCCACAGUGGGUCGUCAUCACCUAUUACGCUGACACCUAGCAAAGAGGGUAGUGCAGUAUUUGCUGGAUUUGAAGGCAGAAGAAAUAAUGAAUUGAAUGAGGUGUUGUCAUGGAAACUUAUGCCAGAAAGCUAUCCCCCAGGCGAUCAGCCGCCACCACCUUCUUACAUUUAUGGAUCUCAGCAUUUGCUGCGCAUGUUUGUAAAGCUUCCAGAGAUACUUGGGAAGAUGAGCUUUUCUGACAAAAAUCUAAAAGCUUUAGUAAAGCAUUUCGAAUUGUUCCUAAGGUUUCUAGCUGAGUAUCACGAUGACUUCUUUCCAGAGUCAGCUUAUGUAGCAGCCUGUGAGGCCUAUUAUACCACCAAAAAUCCACGUGCCAUCUACUGAAACAGUGGAUACAAUCAGCUGUACAAACUGUGCAUGUUCCAUGUCUCCUACUUUAUUGCAUUACUUCCAGAUCAAGAAAAAUUGGAAUAUAUAAUUAUAAUAUCACAAAAACUUUCUACAAUGUUGUUCUUUUGACAUAAAGAAAAUUUCAUUUCAUUUCAGAGCUAUGCUGAUGUUGCAUUCUAGCACUAUAUAACCUUCACUGCCAGAUAAAUGAAGCUCUGCAUUGACUAUUAAUGCAUAGAACUGCAUACAAAUAAAGUAAGAAAAAGGAAGAGAUGCAUUAGAAACAGACUUUAGAAGAACUAAUCGUCCUGUGUUCCACGUUAUAACCUUGCUUCACAUUGAACUCUCAUCAUUUCUGUUUAAAGUGAAUGCAGAGUGGCAUUGUACAGGUUUUUCAUAU